UCAGAACACGCAUUAGCCCUGACCUGUUUGUAACUUUAAAAAGGUUCUGGCCUUUAUUUCCGCCUGCUUCUUCUCCUUCUUCUCACUCUAUCAUCUCUUUGUCCCCCACUCACCCACCCACACGCACAUCUCCCCGUCAUCUUUCCUUAUCUACACAACUAAACCAUGACCAUCAGCGACAUCCCCGAUUCCGAACUUCAGGCCUUGAAGACCCGCUACGAACAAGCUGGUCAGGGACACGUUCUGCAGUUUCUCGACCAGCUCGCGCCUGCAGAACAACGCGAGUUGUAUGAUCAGCUGUCUGCUAUGGAUGUCGAGCGUGUCAACCAAAUAUAUACCAAGGCCAUUGCUGGUGCCGAAGCUGCCAGCAAGGACCAAGAAGCAGCCGUGGAGCCGUUGUCAGAAGACGUGUUUGAUUCCGUCAUCAAGGCCUCUGCAGAGACCCGUAAUGACUGGGAGACCUUGGGGUUGAAGCAGAUUGCACAGGGUAAAGUGGCCGUCAUUUUGAUGGCAGGUGGUCAAGGCACUCGUUUGGGCUCUAGUGCACCCAAGGGCUGCUAUGACAUUAAGCUGCCGUCCAGCAAGAGCUUGUUCCAACUUCAAGCAGAACGUAUUUUGCGUCUCCAGGACAUUGCACGUCAGUACAAGAAGCCUGGUGAUCAGUCCGAAGGCAUUAUCCCCUGGUACAUUAUGACCUCAGGUCCGACCCACGCUGCCACCUACGCGUUUUUCAAGUCCAACAACUUCUUUGGCCUCAAGGAAGAAAACGUCAUCUUCUUCCAGCAAGGCACUUUGCCCUGCUUGACCAUGGAGGGCAAGAUUAUUUUGGAGUCCAAGAGCAAGGUGGCUAUUGCCCCUGAUGGCAACGGUGGUAUCUAUGCUGCUGUGCAGAACACCGGUGUGAUUCAGUCGCUCAAGGAACGUGGCGUCUUGUACUCUCACUGUUACUGCGUUGACAACUGCUUGGCCCGUGUUGCUGAUCCCGCAUUCAUUGGCUACUGCGUGUCCAAGAACACCGACUGUGGUGUCAAGGUUGCCGUCAAGACCGCCCCCGAAGAACCUGUGGGUGUUGUCUGCGUUCGCAACGGCCGCUAUGGUGUCGUUGAAUACUCGGAAAUCUCCCAGGAGGUCUCCGAGAAGCGCCGCGAGGAUGGCUCGUUGGCCUUUGGCGCCGCCAACAUUGCCAACCACUUCUUCUCUACUGAAUUCUUGGAACGCGUUCCUUCAUUCGCAUCCGAAUUGGAAUACCACAUUGCCAAGAAGAAGAUCAAGUAUGUCGACUUGGAGACUGGCGAACAGAUUGCUCCCAAGACCAACAGCGGCAUGAAGCUCGAAUGCUUUGUCUUUGACGUGUUCCCCUUUGCAAAGCAAUUCUCCGUACUCGAGGUCGACCGUAAGGAAGAGUUCUCGCCUUUGAAAAACGCCCCAGGCGCCGGUGCCGAUUGCCCCGAAACUUCACGACGCGAUAUCAUUGCUCAGCAUAUCCGCUUCAUUGAGGCCGCUGGUGGCAAGGUUGCCGGUGAGAAUGUCGACGACUGUGAGAAGGUACAGUUCGAGAUCUCUCCUUGGGUCUCUUAUGCUGGUGAAGGUCUUCGUGACAUUGUGGGAGGCAAGACCAUCCAGGUCCCUGCCAUCAUCGAGACAAGAGAAGAUUUGAUCCGUGCUUGCCAGUAAAGCAUCUAUUUUACCAUAUACACACUCGCAAAAAAACACGAAUCGAGGAGGGAUAUUAACACGAUUACUUUACUUUCUUCGACAUACGUCGAAAGAGUCGGAUUUUAUAAAAAAAAUACCCCUGAAAGAAAUAACGAGUCGUGAAAAGUCUUUUUUUUUCCACUCUUCUUCCCAUACUUACUACCUUUGUCAUCAUCGUCCUUUCUUUACAUAGUCCUACCUAUCCACCUACUCUCUAUUUUACACACUUCACAUUGUCUUUCUAUCGUGUAACCACCACCACCACCACCACCCCGCCACUUGUUUUCUAUCCCACCUUGUUCUUUUCCUGCUUCCGUAGAAUGCUUUUGAUACCUGGUUCUAAAAUACAAAAGAUUUUGUUCAAUCUCACCCAGCAAUACGUGUUCUCUUCUAGUUACGAUAUAUGCUUGUUGUAGGCAGGGUACAUGAAAAUAUGCA